AUGCUGCAUGUCUACACUGCAUCAGGAUAUGCUGCAUCAGGCUAUGCUGCAUGUCUCUACACUGCAUCAGGAUAUGCUGCAUGUCUCCACACUGCAUCAGGACAUGCUGUAUGUCUCCACACUGCAUCAGGAUAUGCUGCAUGUCUCUACACUGCAUCAGAAUAUGCUGAGGGCACUAAAUGUGUCUCACUCAAGCAGGAGGGCACUAAAGGUGUCCCACUCAAGCAGGAGGGCACUAAAUGUGUCCCACACAAGCAGGAGGGCUCUAAAUGUGUCCCACUCAAGCAAGAGGGCACUAAAGGUGUCCCACUCAAGCAGAAGGGCACUAAAUGUGUCCCACUCAAGCAGGAGGGCACUAAAGGUGUCCCACUCAAGCAGGAGGGCACUAAAUGUGUCCCACUCAAGCAGGAGGGCACUAAAUGUGUCCCACUCAAGCAGGAGGGCACUAAAUGUGUCUCACUCAAGCAGGAGGGCACUAAAGGUGUCUUACACAAGCAGGAGGGCACUAAAGGUGUUCUACACAAGCAGGAGGGCACUAAAUGUGUCUCACUCAAGCAGGAGGGCACUAAAGGUGUCUUACACAAGCAGGAGGGCACUAAAGGUGUCCCACUCAAGCAGGAGGGCACUAAAGGUGUCCCACACAAGCAGGAGGGUACUAAAGGUGUCCCACACAAGCAGGAGGGUACUAAAGGUGUCCGACACAAGCAGGAGGGGCAACUAAAGAUGUCCCACUCAAGCAGGAGGGCACUAAAUGUGUCCCACUCAAGCAGGAGGGCACUAAAUGUGUCCCACUCAAGCAGGCGGGCACUAAAGGUGUCCUACACAAGCAGGGGGGCAACUAAAGGUGUCCCACUCAAGCAGGAGGGCACUAAAUGUGUCCUACACAAACAAGCAAGAGGGCACUAA